CCGAGCAGGAUCGUGAUGGCGGUGGCUCAGCCGAAGCUAGAGAAAGAGAGCGAGGAUUGCUCUUUGCUGCCUUUGGUUCAUGAUAUUAUCAAAUGCAUGGACAAGGACAGCCAAGAUGUCCACCAAGAACUGGCUAAACUGAAGGCUAAGAUCCAGGAGGCUCGGGAGCAGAUCUCCAACAUGCCCGGGAUAGACAGCAGUCCGGUGGAGCAGCAGCAGCAGCUGGCCACGCUGCGGGAGCAGGUCCGCACCAAGAACCAGCUGCUGCAGAAAUACAAAAGUCUGUGCAUGUUUGACGUGCCGAAAGCAUCGUGAGACUGAAAACUGGAUUACUACAGGAAGGACUUUGUUUAGCUACAUCCUCACCCAUGGGACAGAUAAAGGUGAGAGUGCAGAAGACUAGGUGGAUGUUUAAAUGAACAAGGACUGAAUUUCUCUCAGUUCAUUGCAGUGAACGAUGUUUUUGAACGUCAGACAAUGCCCUUUUUCUGUCCUUAUUUUUUUUGCAUUGCGAAAAUGCAAUGUGGUAUUUGUAUUCAAUGUAAUUUUUCAGUGUCAUGCUCUUGUCUUGUAACACUCCUACUUUGUAAUAAAAUGAGUUGAU